AUGGGCACUUUUGUCUUCAAGUGGCCGAGGGAUGCCGACGAGGUUUACGUCACGGGCACAUUUGACGACUGGUCCAAGUCCGUCAAGCUCGACAAGAUCGUCGACUCGUUUGAGAAGGAGGUCGAGCUCGCCGAUGCCUCCACCAAGAUCUACUACAAGCCACUUGCCACAAUGGCCAUUGAGGCCGGGGCCCCAGCCGUGCAUCCUGCUGUCGAUCGGAGGGGCAAGUUUGUCGUUGACGGCGAGUGGGUUACCGACGGUGACGCUCCGAAAGAAAAGGACGAGGGUGGUAACGACAACAACGUUUUGACGCCGGAAAAUAUCGUCAAGCUGGCACCUGGUACUGCUACCAUCUUGUCAUCUGCUGCUCCGACAUCGACAACUGUUCUGCUGGCCAAAGACGUGCCGCUAGAAGAGAAGAAGCAGGUCAAGGUCACAGAACCUGAGACACUCGUUGAGCCUGUAACAGUCGCUGAGCCGGUUGUUGCCGAGGAGAAGACCAUGGACAAGGUUGAGGAGCCGACCUCUGCUACCGAAGUGGCUGUGCCUGUUGCCGCUGCGGCUGCUGCUACCGUCACCACGGUCGAGUCUUCAGACGAAAAGCCGACCAUGUCCGAAAGCAGCGAAGUUCCGGGCGCGUUCCCGGAAACGCCCAUUGCAGAGCUGGACAAGGACGUCAAGCUGAUCAACCCCCUGCCGGCUGCACCGGGAGGUGUGAACCCGAUCAAGCUGGCACCAGGCGAGAAGAUCCCCGAGUCGCUGACAACGGCCGACGUCAACACGAAUGUCAAGCUUGACCCGGAGUCGUACGAGAAGGCUGACGCCAUGGUCGGUGGCGUGACUCUUGACCAGUUACCGCCCGUGUCCAACAACAUGAUCCCAGAGUCCAGCCUGCCCAUCGCCUCUCACGAUGAUGUCACGAUUAGCUCUGUCGCCCCCGUUGCAACCACGGCUGUUCUGGCCGCAGCCGUUCCUCUGGAGAAGGACGAGGCCGAUGCUGUUGCUGCUGUUGCCGUUGUCACACCGGCCCCGGUCGUCUCUUCACCCGAGACUGCUGUGACUAGCGAGGUGCCUGAGAUUGUCAAGGAGAGCCAGGCCGAGGCCAAUGUGCCUGCCGAGGCGUCUGGCGUCCCGGAAGAGGUGAAGGAGAAGGAGCUGGUGGAAGAGGAGCUGCUGUCCAAGGUUCCCGAAGCACCUGUCACCUCAGACGGCACGACGACGACAUCCCCGGACACCAAGGCUGCGGCUGCCGGUGUUGUCGGUGGUGCGGCUGCGGUUGUCGCUGGUCUGGGCACCAUUGCCUACGCCACUGCCACAGCAGCCAAGGACAAAGCGGUGGAGCACGGCGUGCCGGCCGCUGAGAAGGCGUCUGCUGCUGCGAGUGAGGCUGCUACCAAGCUGCCGGUGUCGGUGAAGCAGUUGCUGCCGACUGCCGUCCAGGAGAAGAUUGCCUUGACGAGCGCCACGAGCGCCACGACCGAGGGUCCUGCGACCACGGCCGAGGUGCCUGCCGAGGUGAAGGAGUCGAUCCAGGAAGCCGAUGUCAGCCCGGAGGCAGCAGCGAACCCGGUUGCCGUGGAGGAGAAGAGCGCGGUGGAGGCUGAGCUGCUCAAGAAGACAUCUGAGCCGGUGGCCGUGCCAGUCGUUGCUGAGCCUGUCGCCGAGCCUGUUGUCGAGUCCGUCGCCGAGCCCAUCGCUGAGCCUGUUGUCCAGCCCGUUGUCGAGUCUGUGGCUGAGCCCGUCGCUGAGCCUGUCGCUGAGCCGAUUGCCGAGUCGACUGCUGCACCUGUGACGACGGAACCCACGGCAGCUGUGGUCAACGACAAGGACACCCUCGCGGCUACUCCAGCUGCUGAGGUCGUGGAUGCCUCGUCUUCCGCUCCGGCAGCAUCUCCGAAUGCUGUGGCGCCGACGACUGCAUCGGCCGGGUCUCUGACGUCGACUGAGCGGAAGAAGAAGCACCGGAUCAGCGGCUUCUUCAGCAAGCUUCUUCACCGGUUCGACGGCGGCGACAAGAAGAAAUAG